AAGCCUACUGGUCACUGUACUCUCUCUCUCUCUUGUCUUGUCCAAAUCUUGGAGUCUUUUAAGUGUACAAAAUGAGUUACUUGGGGGUUGGAAUCAGUCCCGGGAACGUUGCCGUCUACCACGGAGGAGGCAAGAUGAAGCUGAUUGAUCGGAAACUGAGGCAAACGGAGCUGCUCUUACGCUGCUCUGUCACUGCUCUGGCUCUCCUCGGUCUUAUUAUGAUUGUUACAGACACUCAGGUCAAACAAAUCUUCACUAUCGAGAAGAGGGCUAAGUACACCAACAUGAAGUCGCUUGUGUUCUUAGUGGUCGCCAACGGGAUAGCUGCGGUGUAUUCAUUGUUUCAGUUGCUUCGUUGCGUGAUGGGUUUGAUGAAAGGAAGCGUUUUGUUUAGCAAGCCUCUAGCUUGGGCCAUUUUCUCCGGCGAUCAGGCGAUGGCUUACAUGAGUGUGGCGGCUAUAGCAGCAGCAUCAGAGUCUGGUAUUAUUGGAAUAAGAGGUGAGCAAGAGCUGCAAUGGAUGAAGCUGUGCAAUAUGUUUGGCAAGUUCUGCAACCGAGGAGCUGGUGGAGUAGCCAGCGCCAUGCUUGCUUCCGUUGCUAUGGUUUUGGUCUCUUGCAUUUCUGCUUUUAGUCUCUUCCGCUUGUAUGGUGCCACCAUCUAGAGACCGCCAAACCUAGCCGUUGUGAAGUGAAAGGACCCAUCCUCUGUCUUUAAUAGUGUCGAAAUGUUAUUGUUAAGAAUCCAAAAAAAAAAAGAAGAGUGUGAAAGUGUAGGUCUUUUAAAAUGAUGAUGUUCUUUGUGACAAUGAAAUAGUAUAAUGUAAAACUGGACCUAGGGCUGUGAUCAAAAAGCAAAACUCUA